GGAGAGGAACCGGGAGGGGCGGGGCCAGCGACCACAACAACACCUGGACCGUCGUUUCCCUUUGACUUGGCCGAGCGGCGGGCAAAGCAGCCGGGGGAGCGCGCGCUGCCUUCUCUUCGGGAACGCGCUGGGCGGCAGGGAGCGACCGAGGGAGCUGCUUGGUGACUCUGGACCGGGUCGAGCGCCGUUGCCCUGCCUGGCUUUCUCUCCCCACCCAUGACUGCGCCGGCUCCGGCUCCCGCUCCCCAGCGGGGGCAGCCGGGCGCUGGGAACGCCCCGGGUCCCGGCCGGAUGGAGCCGAAGGAAGACGAGCCCCCGCGGUCCGCCUGGGCGCCGAAGCCCCUCUUCUCCCUUCUGGCGCGCGAAGCCGGCUCCUACGGGGCUCGGGCGCUGCUGUGCCUCGCUCCGGUCUACCUGGCCGGGUACUUGGGGCUCAGCACCAGCUGGGUCCUGAUCGCUCUGCUCUUCUGGAUGUGGUGGCGGAGGAACCGGCGGGCGAAGCGCUCUCGCUUGCUGGCCGCCUUCGGGCUGGCGGAGGACGAGAAGCGAGCCAUCAGCCAGGGGAUCGCCUUGCAGCAGCUGCCGGCCUGGGUUAACUUCCCUGAUAUUGAACGGGUGGAAUGGCUGAAUAAGGUCCUUGAACAGGUCUGGCCCUACUUUGGAGCCAUUAUGGAAAAAACAUUUAAGGAAGUCAUUGAACCAAAAAUAAGAGCAAAGCAUGUGCACCUGAAAACAUGUACAUUCACCAAAACCCACUUUGGAGAAAAGUGCCCUAAAAUCAAAGGUGUGAAGGCUUACACCAAAGAGGCUGGCAGAAGACAAGUGAUCCUGGACUUGCAGAUAUGUUAUAUAGGAGACUGUGAAAUUCAGAUGGAAUUAUCCAAGUUUAAAGUAGGAGUGAAAGGAAUACAGUUGUAUGGUACAUUAAGAGUGAUACUGGAACCUUUACUGGCAGAUCCACCUUUCUUUGGAGCUGUAACAAUAUUUUUCAUCCAGCAACCUCAUUUGGAAAUCAGUUGGGCUGGUAUGACCAAUUUGCUAGAUGCUCCAGGCAUUAGUUUGUUGUCAGAUUCCUUAAUCCAAGAUGUUAUAGCUACCCGGCUGGUGUUACCAAAUAGGCUCACUAUUCCAUUGAAGAAGAACAUUAAUGUUGCUCAGUUACGGUUCCCUAUUCCUCAUGGAGUAGUGAGAGUGUACCUACUGGAAGCUGAAAAUCUUGUCCAAAAAGACAACUUCCUUGGGGCAAUUAAGGGCAAAUCAGACCCAUAUGCUCUUCUUCGGGUUGGCCUGGUGCAGUUCCGAAGCAAGACGAUACAAAGAGACCUGAAUCCCAUCUGGAAUGAAAUGUUUGAGUUUGUUGUUCAUGAAUUACCUGGCCAAGAUCUUGAAGUAGAUCUAUAUGAUGAAGACCCAGAUAAAGAUGACUUUCUGGGCAGCUUGCUUAUCAAUCUUUCAGAUGUGAUGAAAGACAGAAUUGUUGAUGAGUGGUUCCCGCUAAGCAAGAUUGAAAGUGGGCAUGUGCACUUAAAGCUGAAAUGGCUUUCUUUGGUCACCUGUCAAGAGAAGCUUUGUGAGGACAAGAAUGGUCUUGCCACAGCACUUCUCAUAGUUUAUUUGGACAGUGCUUUCAAUCUUCCUAAAAAUCAAUUUGAAUAUUCCAAUUGUGAAUAUGGAGUAAAGAAGUACAGAAAAGACAGAUACCUCAAGAAGAUGGAUAGAGAGCCGUCCUCCUUUGUCCUACUCACAGUGGGCAACAAAACCCAUAGAAGCAGGACCUGCAAUUUCACCAAGGAUCCUGCGUGGGGUCAGGCAUUCACAUUCUUCGUCCACAGUGCUUCAUCACAGUCUCUUCAUUUAGAGAUCAAGGACAAGGAUCGGGAGAAUGCCCUGGGGACUUUAGUGUUUUCUCUCGCCCAUUUACUAAAGAACCCUGAAAUGACAGUUGAACAAAGCUUUCAGCUAGAUCACUCUGGUGUGGACAGCUGUGUUAAACUGAAAGUUGUUUUAAGAGCUUUAGACAUAGAGGAACCUGAUCCAGAAAGCAAAUAUACUGGGAUAAAUGCCUUAAAGCAGGUUCCUGUCCCUGCCACCGAGGACACAAAGGACACCAAGCCACACCUGCCGCCACCACCACAAGCAGCACCAAUAAAAGUAGACGUGUCCCCAGUACCCAAGAGGAACAAAGACUCAGGGUUGUUUGAAUCCACGGGGGACAGAGAGGAGGAUAAGGCUAACUCUAAUAUAAAUGAGAAACCGGCAGAACCUGUCAUGAUAGAGACCGCUUCCGGGAUUAAUAAGCAAACAGAUGUGAGUGGCUUGGACCCUAAACCACCGAUGCCGCCCCAAGUCAUUCCAGCAGCUCCUGCAUUGCCCGCCCUGCAGAGAGUCCGUCUUGCCCCCAGUAUUGCAACUCUGGGCUCUCUAGGCUCUUCAGACUUUGAUGUAACUUGCAGCAACCUGGACCUCCAUGAUGGGGCGCUGCUUGCUGGAAUGCCAAUGGGAGAAAUUCACCUCACUGUGCGGUAUGCUUCCCUAAGACAGUCUCUCAUUGUGCUGGUUAAUGCAUGCAGAAAUUUAACACCAUGUUCCCGGCAAGGAGCACAUCCAUACGUCCGUGUCUACCUGCUCCCAGACAAAAGAUGGGUAAACCGAAGAAGAACUACAGUAAAAAAAAGAACUCUGAAUCCUAAUUAUGAUGAAAAGUUUGAAUUUUUUGAUACAUUGGAAGGCAUUAAGAAACGAGUGUUGGAUGUUGCAGUGAAAAACAGAAAGCCACUUAUUUCACAUGAAAGGAAAGAACUGGGCAAGGUGCUGAUUGACCUGUCAAAGGAAGAUUUACUCAAGGGUUUCUCGCAAUGGUACCAGCUGACGAUAAAUGGACAGCCUUGCAGCUGAUAUUUGACACAUGAAGAACAGAGUAAAAUGGGCAUAAGCAAAUGCUGAACUUUUGAAAACUGCUGCUAGAUCAUUUUGUAGAAUGUUGUAUUUAAACCAUAUUGUUAACUUAUACAACAUACAGACCAUACUUUUCCACAGGGUCUGUUUUAGCAGCAACUUUAUACUUAAUUAGUAGUAGCUGUACAACAAACUGCACAGCCAAGAAUAAGGUUCUACAUUCAUUACUAUUUAUAUAUUUCUGUCAUGCAACAUGCAUUUGCACUGUAGAAAUUAUGCCCAGGUUCCACUGCAGAACCAUCAGACUUACCAGGAAAGAACACAGGAGUAAUGUACACAACAGAUGCUACUCCAAGACCAUGUCUACACACAGAUGUUGACUUAAUUCAAGAACUACUUAAGAGUGCCCAAGACUGGGUAUAUAAUCCAGUGUAGGGUUUGUCUGUUUUGUCAAGGGAAUGCUGCUUCAUGCUCAGGAUCCAACCCCACCCUUCCAGCACCAAGAGUUCGGGUAGAUAAACUUCCAAGCUGCAUCCCUUCUGCCUUCACUGAAUUGUGCUUCAGCAGCUCCUUCACCUUGAUGGGAAGCCCAGGAAGCGACACAGAUGAACUGAGGGUUCAUAUGCAACGUCCUCUCUUGCAGAGGUUGCCUUACGGUUCAUAGCCACACCAUCCUAACUCUAGUUUAAACUCAACUUCCAUGAGUGCAGAGAACCUGUAGUUCUGAAACUGUUUUAGUUCAAACAGAUAAUGUGAUUAAAUGUGUUUUUUAACAAAUAAAGUAAUGAGAUUGUGCCUCCUUAAAACUUUGUCUGCACAGGACUCUGUCCUUAUUAAUGAACUCAUUCUGUAAUAAAAUUCUUUACCCACACACUAUUA